UGAGCGGGGUUCCUAAAACCCUAGAGGCUCUCUGUCUCUCUUCCUUCUCUCUCGCGGUUUUGGGGCUUUUGUAGGGUUUUACUAGCAAAGAGCGGAAGGUGUAGCGGCGGGGUCCGUGAUGGAUUCGUUCUCGUCCCCUUCGUCGGGAGGCUCCUCGUCGCCGCCUUCCACUGAGCAGUUGAUGGACCAGGUGAAGACCCAACUAGCCCAGGCCUACGCCGAGGAAUUCCUCGAGACUGUAAGAAGCAAGUGCUUUGCCAAGUGCAUCACCAAGCCAGGGACAAGUUUAAGCGGCAGUGAAAGCAGUUGUGUCUCAAGGUGUGUUGAUCGCUAUAUAGAGGCAACCGGUAUUGUCAGUCGAGCACUUUUCAGUAGCAUGCGUUAGCUUCAGAGGUUCUCCGAGAGCAUUAGAAACUGCUUUUGAACGUGGCUAAGAACAUCAGUAUAAGUUUCCUCUAUUUCUUGACAAAGUGCAGAGAUUCUCUCACUCAAUAUUGUCCUGACACCAUUUUGAAAUUCAUCAUCAAUGAAGGUUAUGCUUCUUUUAGUCA